CACUUUACUAUUUUUGGUGCGACGGACGCCGGGGACAUUUCGAUUGCAAAAAUUCGAUUUUAAAUUCUAAUUAAUUGUUAAUAAUCAUGGCGUCAAUAGAUUUGUUAACGCCACAUCUUUCUAAGAUCAAGUUACCGGCUCCCGGACAACUAAUUUACAAGGAUGAAUGCGUGUAUUCCUUCGAUAAUCCAGAAUCAGAGACUGGUCUGUACGUGUCGCUGGUGUCGUUCCUGGGUUUCGGCCGCAACUAUGUGGAGCAGUACUUCCAGAAGACAGGCAAUGCUGUAUUCCUGCAUAUUCGCCGGGAGAAAAUACCAGUACCAGAACCAGAACAAACUGGCGACGGUCCAGAAAAGAAGAUCACGCGGUUGGCCAUAGGAGUGGAGGGUGGUUUCGACCCCACCUGCACCAAGGCCAAAUUCACCUACACUGACCACUACAAUGUGGUUGUACUGCCUGGCUUCCAUACAUUCCCGUGGCCGGAUCCUUCACUGCCUGAACAGGUGAAGAAGUCAGUGCAAGCCGUAAUAGAUGCAGAGUCGCCCUUCAAGAUCGCGGAGAUGAACGCACUCGCGGGCACGUGGGACGGCGAGGCGCGCGAAGUCUCUGUACACGCCGUAAGCCUGAAGCAACUGGACAACGGUGUGAAGAUCCCGCCCUCAGGCUGGAAGUGUGCCAAGUGCGAUCUGACCACCAAUCUGUGGCUCAAUUUAACUGACGGCGCGGUGCUUUGCGGCCGGCGGUUCUUUGAUGGCUCCGGCGGCAACGAACACGCGGUCGAACAUUACCGCGAAACAGGUUACCCUUUGGCAGUCAAACUCGGCACCAUCACCGCCGAAGGCAAAGGCGACGUAUUUUCAUACGCGGAAGAUGACAUGGUCGAAGACCCGUACCUGGCUGACCAUCUCAAACACUUCGGCAUCAACGUUCAGCAACUACAGAAGACUGACAAAUCCAUGGUGGAGUUGGAACUCGAGCUGAACCAGCGCACCGGCGAAUGGAAUACACUCCAAGAAUCUGGCAGUUCCUUGCAGCCUCUGCAUGGGCCGUCCCUUACUGGGCUAAGCAACCUUGGCAACACCUGCUACAUCAACAGUGUCCUGCAGGUGAUUUUCCGCAUGCCGGACUUCGUGCGUCGCUUCGUGGAGGGCGCGCCCGAGAUCUUCGCCUCUUUCCCCGAAGACCCCGUCAACGACUUCAAUGUACAAACCGCAAAACUAGGCGUGGGUCUAGUCUCCGGACGCUACUCGCAGCCCGGCGACGUGGACGGCACGCAGCCCGGCGUGGCCUGCCACAUGUUCCGCAACCUCGUCGGCAAGGACCACCCCGAGUUCCAGUCCAAGCGGCAGCAGGACGCGCACGAGUUCUACCUGCACCUGCUGACCCUGCUGCAGCGCAACAGCCGACACAAGCCAAACCCAGCCGAUUGCCUCCAAUUCAUGGUUGAAGAGCGCAUCCGCUGCGGAGCGUCCGGCGCCGUCCGAUACACGUCGCGCCCCGAACACCACUUACCAUUGCCCGUGCCGCUCGCGCAGGCGACCAAUCAAGCGCAAGUGCGGGAGUAUGAAGCUAGGCGGGCUGCGGCUGAGGCAGCCAAUCAGCGACUGGACCCAUCCACCGUAGUUCGGCCGCACAUCCCGUUCUCGGCCUGCCUGGACAGCUUCAUGAGAGAGGAGACGGUUGAGCAGUUCUUCAGCAGCGCCGUCAACGAGAAAGUCACCGCAUACAAGACUACACGGCUAUCGACGUUCCCCGACUACCUGCUCAUUCAGCUGAAGAAGUUCACCAUCAAGGAGGACUGGACGCCCGCCAAGCUCGAUGUCGCCGUUGACAUGCCGUGGGAGAUGGACCUGUCCCGCCUGCGCGGGCGCGGCCUGCAGCCCGGCGAGGCGGCGCUGCCCGACGCCGCGCCCGGCGCGCCGCCCGCCUACGACGAGCGCCUGCUGGCGCAGCUGUUGGACAUGGGCUUCCCUCUGGAGGCGUGCAAACGCGCCCUCUACUACACCAACAACUCCGGCAUGGAGGCCGCUUCCAACUGGCUCAUGGAGCACAUGACCGACUGGGACUUCGCCAACAAGUUCGAGCCCCCGGGCACCCCAGCUCCUGCGGCAGCCACAGCAAACCUGGACGAAUCAAGCGUAGAACAGAUCGUGAACAUGGGCUUCACUCGCGACCAAGCCGCCAAAGCGUUAACAGCGACCGCAGGGGACGUUGGUCGCGCCGUCGACUGGAUCUUCAGCCGCGCCGCGGAAAUGGACGCUUGGGACCAACCUCCCGCUGCAGCACAGACCCCGGCUGCUCCACAAGCAAGAGAUGGACCUGAGAAGUACAAACUGGUGGCGUUCAUCUCUCACAUGGGCACGUCCACGAUGGUCGGCCACUAUGUGUGCCACAUACUGCACGAAGGCCGAUGGGUGAUAUUCAAUGACAAUAAGGUUGCUCUCUCAGAAAACCCUCCAAAGGACCUGGGCUACUUGUAUCUAUAUGAACGGCUGUGAUGCAACUAGUGAAUAUUGUACCAAAAAUCAGGGCACGGUUCAAUAACGAACAUUGACUGCGUUAAAGUUUUUUACACAAAAGAGAUUUAACUUUUUAGGCAGUAUUUAUUUUAUAGAAACAAAUUUUAUAUUAGAUAUUUCGAUUAGGUUAACAAAAUUUAAAACUUCUUAAGGCAUGAAUGCAUUUUUGUUUGCAAUUAUUUUUUACAUAAUACAGUGUUAUUUUCUGUAAGAAACUGCUGUAAUUUAUUUAUUUGAAGUUGUAUUAUAUGUAUAAGCUCGACCAUAUAACGCAAUAAUUGCUGGUGUUUUAAUAUCAUCGCGGACAACGAAUAAUAAUAGAAACUAUCUCAGAUGC